AUGAAGCUCCUGAAACCCGCCUGGGUUAACCACAAUGGGAAGCCAAUCUUUUCAGUGGACAUUCACCCUGAUGGCACAAAGUUUGCUACUGGAGGACAAGGGCAAGACUCUGGAAAAGUUGUCAUAUGGAAUAUGCCACCUGUUGUUAAGGAGGAAGAUGAAAAGAACGAAAGUAUUCCCAAGAUGUUGUGCCAAAUGGACAACCACCUAGCUUGUGUGAACUGUGUGCGAUGGUCUAACAAUGGAGCAUAUUUAGCAUCUGGAGGCGAUGACAAGCUCAUCAUGGUUUGGAAGAAAUCUGGGUACAUUGGACCCAGUACUGUUUUUGGCUCCAGUAGUAAACUUGCGAAUGUAGAGCAGUGGCGCUGCCUCACCAUUCUCAGGAAUCAUUCUGGAGAUGUAAUGGAUGUGGCAUGGUCUCCUCAUGAUGCCUGGUUAGCUUCUUGUAGUGUGGAUAAUACAGUAGUUAUAUGGAAUGCACUGAAGUUUCCAGAAAUUAUUGCCACAUUGAGGGGCCACUCAGGACUGGUGAAGGGACUUACUUGGGAUCCUGUAGGAAAGUACAUUGCUUCUCAAGCAGAUGACCACAGCCUGAAGGUCUGGCGAACCAUGGACUGGCAGCUCGAAACCAGUAUCACCAAACCAUUCGAUGAGUGUGGAGGAACCACCCACGUCUUGCGUCUUAGUUGGUCCCCUGAUGGACAUUACCUGGUGUCAGCUCAUGCAAUGAACAACUCUGGGCCAACAGCCCAGAUUAUUGAGCGUGAUGGUUGGAAAACCAACAUGGACUUUGUGGGACAUCGAAAAGCAGUCACCGUUGUGAAAUUUAAUCCAAAAAUCUUCAAAAAGAAGCAAAAGAAUGGGAGCUCCAAUAAGGCUAGUUGUCCGUACUGCUGCUGUGCAGUGGGUAGCAAGGAUCGUUCACUUUCUGUGUGGCUUACCUGCCUUAAAAGACCGUUGGUGGUAAUCCAUGAUCUGUUUGACAAAUCUAUAAUGGACAUCUCAUGGACGUUAAAUGGGCUGGGAAUACUAGUGUGUUCAAUGGAUGGAUCAGUCGCUUACUUGGAUUUUUCACAAGAUGAACUGGGUGAUCCACUGAGUGAAGAGGAGAAGAACAACAUCCACCAAAGCACUUACGGAAAAAGUCUUGCCAUCACAACGGGGUCGCAGAUUUCUAACACCAUCAUAGAGAAUCCUGAAAUGCUGAAGUUUCAACAGAGGCAGCAAGCACAGCAGGAUGGAGAACAUGGUGCAGCUGUACACAGGGAGACCCAGGCGCCUAAAGUAGCCAGCAUGGUAAAUGGAGAGAGCCUAGAAGACAUCAGGAAGAAUCUUUUAAAGAAACAAGUGGAAACGCGAACAGCAGAUGGUCGUCGUAGAAUUACCCCAUUGUGUAUUGCCCAGCUGGAUACUGGCUCCUCUCCUCUCUCCCCUCUCUCCUUCCUUCCUCUCUCCCCUCUCUCCUCCUUCUCUCUCCCCCUCUCUCUCUCCUCCUUCUCUCUCUCCCCUCUCUCCUCUCCUCUCCCCUCUCUCUCCUCUCCUCCUCCCUCUCCCCUCUCUCUCCUCUCUCCUCCCCCCUCUCUCCCCUCUCUCUCCUCCCCCUCUCCUCCCCCCUCUCUUCCCCCUCUCCCCUCUCUCCUCCUCCCCCCUCUCUCCCCCCUCUCUCCCCUCCCCCCUUUCCCCCCUCUCUUCUCCCUCCCCCCUCUCUCCCCCUCUCUCUCCUCUCCCCUCCCCCCCCUCUCUCCCUCUCUCCCCUCUCUCUCCUCCCCCCUCUCUCCCCUCUCUCUCCUCCCCCCCUCUCCCCCUCUCUCUCCCCCCUCUCUCCCCUCUCUCUCCUCCCCCCUCUCUCCCCUCUCUCUCUCUCCCCCCCCUCUCCCCUCUCUCUCUCCCCUCUCUCCCCUCUCUCUCUCUCCUCCCCCCUCUCCCCCCUCUCCCCUCUCUCUCUCCCCCCCCCCUCGUAUAUUUAUAUAG